AUGGCGCCCGAACCCGCUUCCGCCAUGGCUGGCCAGGCUCGUAUGCGUGUCGAAGAAACUGAACAAGAGCACAUUACCAGAGAGAACUCGGGUUUUGCCGCAUUUGAAGCAGAUAUGCCUAAACUCGCCAACCGAUUCAGCUUUUCCCUCAAGGACAACCUUUCCUCCUACCUUGGUCGCAAGAACCCUUUCUUCACCAACGUAAACCCAGACACCGACUAUGUAUGGAUUCUGGAUACGACUGCCUACCAGAAUCGCUUAGGAAGGUGGAAGGCGGAACUUGUUGCUGCCUACUUUGUCAAGAAUAGCGGCAAGGACAUCUCCCAGCUCGUUGCAUGGGUCAGCGAGAAAAUCGGCCUUGCAGACGACGAACAGGCUAGAGCAACAGUCGCCCAGAGGCUCCAGCCCUUUGCGGACGCAAUUCUUCCAGCGCACGCUGUUGAAAUUGACCUCAAUGGUCUCAAAACCAGAUUAGGACCCAGCGGCCGCGACGGUAUCAGCUCAGACGAGUUGGCCAUUCCCGGAACCGAUUAUAAGGACGGCCAGGUCAACAAGUUCCAGGCCGUCAAUGCUGAGGCGACGUCAUUCAAUAUUACCUUCGCAAAACCCAAGGGAUGGGCCGUCCUUUCCGAUAUCGACGAUACAAUCAAGAAGACCCUGACAUCGUCACCUGUCGGUAUCUUGACCACCACAUUCGCAGAGCAGCCAGAGCCGAUCAAGGGCAUGCCGGAGUUGUAUAGGCAUAUGGCGCAAAAGCUCGACAAUCCGCCCUUCUGGUAUCUCUCCGCAUCCCCAUACAACCUCUACCCGUUCUUGCGCAACUUCCGCGAGCAAUACUACCCCAAUGGUACCAUGAUCUUACGCGACGCUAGCUGGAUGAACUUGGCUGGCUUCCUCGCAAACUUGACGCAAGGUACCCAAGCUUACAAGGUUGACCGCAUUGAAAAGGUUCAUGGCUGGUUUCCCAAGCGGAAGUUCAUCCUUAUCGGUGACUCGACCCAAACAGACCCUGAAUCGUAUGGCGAAGCGUACCGCAAGUUUGGCAAGAGCUGGAUCGGUGCUAUCUACAUUCGUAAGGUAACGGGCGUUGCGGAAAUGGACGAAGGCAAAAAGAAUUGCCCAGAAAGAUUCGAGAAGGCCUUCAAGGGUGUUCCCAAGGAGGUCUGGUACGUCUUUGAGGAAGCACAGGAACUGUACGCGAAGAUCGAUGCUUUGCCUAAGAUCGAAUAA